GUACCGCCGGCGGAGCGGGCACCGGCGGGGAGCGGGGCGGAGGGCGGCUCGGCGGGGCCGGCAGCCGCCGGAGGGGGUAGGGUGGUCUCGGCGGGACUCUCUGCCCGGUGCCGCCAUGGCGGGGGACUCGGAGGUGCUGCACUUCCAGUUCGAGCAGCAGGGAGACGCCGUGCUGCAGAAGAUGAACCUCCUGCGGCAGCAGAACCUCUUCUGCGACGUCUCCAUCUACAUCAACGACACGGAGUUCCCGGGCCACAAGGUGAUCUUCGCCGCCUGCUCCACCUUCAUGCGGGACCAGUUUCUGCUGAACCAGUCCCGGCAGGUGCGGAUCACCAUCCUGCAGAGCGCGGAGGUGGGCAGGAAGCUGCUGCUCUCCUGCUACACCGGGGCUCUGGAGGUGAAGAAGAAGGAGCUGCUGAAGUACCUGACGGCCGCCAGUUACCUCCAGAUGGUUCACAUCGUGGAGAAGUGCACCGAGGCUUUGUCCAAGUACCUGGAGAUCGACGCUUCCAUGGAGAACGGUGAGCAGGCUGCCGAGAGGUGCCAUUCCUCAGACGCUGAGCUGAGAAACGGGGAUGAGGUGUUGGAUAAAGAUUGUGAAAUAAUCGAGAUCUCUGAAGAUAGCCCGGUGAAUGUGGAAUGCCCGGUGAAACAGGAGGAGGGGGAUGAUUCACGGCCCACAGCACAGAACUUGGUCUCAGAAAGGAAGGAUGCCAAAAGCCCAGAAAUAUCUACAGUCGAAAUAGGAUAUAAGGAUGAUGAAAUCUGCAUCUUCAGAAUGGAUUCUAUGAGUGUAGCAAACGUAGAAAACGAUCAUUUUCCUCAGCCUUGCACAUCCUCUAAAACAAACUUGUACUUUCCAGAAACCCAGCAUUCCUUGAUCAAUUCCACAGUUGAAAGCAGAAAUACAGAAAUGUCAGGAAAUCACUUUCAGGCUUUUGUCAGUGACAAUCCAGAAGGUACUUCCAGUGUGAUGAAUGGGUUCCAGAGCCUGGAUGAUUCUGGCAGUUCUUGGCGGCACCAGUGUCCCAAGUGUCCCAGAGGAUUUCUCCAUCUUGAGAACUAUCUCCGGCAUCUAAAAAUGCACAAACUCUUCUUGUGCUUGCAGUGUGGCAAAACAUUCACCCAGAAAAAGAAUCUCAACCGACACAUCCGAGGGCACAUGGGCAUCCGCCCCUUCCAGUGCAUGGUGUGCCUGAAGACCUUCACUGCCAAAAGCACCCUCCAGGAUCACCUCAACAUACACAGUGGGGACAGGCCCUACAAGUGCCACUGUUGUGACAUGGACUUUAAACACAAGUCUGCUCUUAAAAAGCAUUUAACUUCUGUGCAUGGAAGGAGCAGCAGCGAAAAAACCACCCUGAGCACUAUAACGAAAGUUAAAAUAGACUAUGAUUAACAGAGGGGUGGUGUGGAGCCAGGCUCCACAAAAACCUCCUGCUUAGUGAAAUUCUGGGUGAAAUUCUCCAAGCAGAUCCCCACGUAUUGGAGAGAAGCACCAAUAUGUGGCUGGUGAUAAAAGGCAGGCCUUGAGUGCAGCAACUUGCCUGCUGUAUUAGGGCUGCUGUUGCUGUAAGUGUGGGAAAGGUGUUUGGUAGUAGAGAGUAAACUGCAAAAAUCAGGAAAUUGUUCCAUGCUUCUGUUAUUCUGCCCCCAGUCAUGUUUUACACUGCCUUGUUUCCAGGGCAGGCACUGCUGAGGUUCAAACUGUUGCUGGUACUGCAAUAAGCUGAAGCUUUAGCAGUGAUGUUCCUGAGGGGUGGCAUGAGGGAAGGGGAUGUGUGUGUGAAUCCAGGCAUUCCCCCCCAGUUCAACUGUCACUGGCAGUGAAAUCAUGUCCUUGCUUGCCAAAACUUUGCUAGAUCUUUCAACAGAAAGGCAUGUUUUCAUACUCUGAUAUUUAAAAGCACACAACAACUGAAAAAUAAUGAAGGAAGCUUUCAAACUGCCUCUUACAAAUAGAGAACUGGCAAAAGAGGAAGAUAGAAACAGUAUUGUAUUGCAGUUAAUUUUUAACUUGUCUCAUUGGAAGAACUUGCUCUCAGUUUUAUGAGUUCUACAUUUUUCUAAGCUUACCUGUUUUGAUAGUUUGUUUCUGUCAUUCCAGUGUUUUGCAGUAGAUGCACUGUAUUUGAGUAAUUCCAAUUAGCUAGGCCUGUUUGUUGAGUUGCAACAUUUAACUCGGCUUUUUACAGAUCUUAGAUACAUACAGGGGUGUGGAAAAUGAAGCUGUGUGCUGUUACUUAAUAGCAGUUUCUACUUUACUUUUGUAAAACUGUUCCUUUCCUUUGGAACAGCUGAGACCUAGAGGUCUUCUCCUACUCUAGUUCUGUGAUGCAGUCAGGCAGUGAUGAUGUGUUUGGGUAUUUGUACCAUGGCACAGCUCAGUUUCAUCACAAGCCCUGUAACACAGAAUCCUCCUGUACCUGUCUUGGACUCGUGUGUGUUUCUCCCACUGAAUGUGAAACAAACAGAGUCAGUUCAGUUGUUACUGUGAGGUUCUGGUACUUACAUUAGGUUCUGUCCAAUGGGCACACAGCAAUAUUCUCAGUCCUGCCUGUACCACGAGGGCUUUCAAGUUUCAAGCAGUGCUGUUAGGAAGUUCUUGCUCCGAGUCCAGAAGUCUGUGCUCCAUAACCUGGCUGGUUUUAAAACCCAAGAGAGGAGUUUUGAAUGUCAGUUAACAGGUUUUGCUUCAUUUCUUUCCCUGUGUCCCUGAGCACAGCACCAUUGGGGUUCUGUGUAGCAGGUAGGUGAGGGGUUAGGUGUGUGCAGUAUCUACCCUGCAAUUUCCUCUUGUUCUCUCUAAGAGGCACAGCUGGGCCAGUGCUACUCUUGGCUUCAUGUCUUGGGAAGUUCAGCUGAAGAUUUCUAAAAUCUUGUUCUGUGAGGUUUGUUUGGGGGUUUUUUUAUGCUUCUCAGCUGAUACUAUGAGCACUUAAAGUACAUAUUAAUUGGAUUGUAGCAAUAUUUGCAGGUCCCAGUUGAUACCAGCCCCUGCUGGGGUAGGCAGCAGAUGUCUUCCUCAAAAACCCUGCAGUCUAAAUAGGCAAGUGGUGUGCUCUGGUGCUGAGUGUGCCACAAGUGCUGGAUUGCUCCCAAACUUUAACAAAAUGUCUUUACACAGGUGGGUGACUUGUGAAGGGCUCCAUUCAAUUGGAUCAUUGGUAGGGAAUGUGUGCCAGGUCUGCCUAGCAGUGUGUCCCUCUGGGUAAUGACAGAAGUGACACCCCCAGUAUGUGCUGGUGUAAAUCACCUGCUUCAGGACUUUGAGCAUAAGGCCCAACCUUUCACAAUCUCUGCUAUUUUUUCAUAUUAAAAGUUGGUAGUUUUCUUUAUUUUGGUGAUUUUUAACUAUAGUAAUUGUCCUGAGAGUUAUUACAGUUACAUUACAUGUGACAUUUUGCAGACCAGUGGCACAUAGAGCACUGGCUGCUUCUGUUUGCAUUCAUCAGCCUGUCUCUGUGGAGAAUCUGUUUUACCUGGUGAUCAGUAUUGUUUGCUUGUUUUUCACAGAAUACCAUUAAUUUUAGUUCUUGGUUGCAUAAAAAUUAGGAGCCUGGUUUUCAGAAGCAUGCUCACCCCUGCAUUUACCCUUGCUGUAUUUACAGAUGUUACCUUGGGUAUAGGCACAGGUUUGUGUGUAGCUUUUCAGUUGUGUCAACAGACUUAGUUACUUAAAAUGAACUCCUUCAUACUUGGAAGAGGUCAGAAACAGGGGAAAAGUUUACUUCCUUCCCCCCAUCCUGUUUACUUAGGGCUGCUAUUGCUGUUCAGUAAAUAAAUGUAUUGUGAAUUUAUGGGACAGAUUUGGUUCAGCUAUGUUUAAAUUUUUCAGUUCCUAAGGAUUUCUGGCAGGUGUAUGACUAUAGAAUCAUAGAACCAGAAUGGUUUGGGUUGGAAGGGACCUUAUAGGUCAUCUAGAGCCAACCCCCCUGCAUGGGCAGGGACACCUCCCACUGCCAUUGGUAACACUUCAAAACAUCAUUCCUUGUUUCUUGUUCUUUUGGUUGUUAUAGGUGUGUCCAUCAGUGCUUUCCCUGUGUCGAAGGGGGAAAGAGGCUGAUCUUUUGAAGUGUAUCUUCUGUGGGAGCAGGACUGGGAGGUUUUUUUGGUCUGCUGUUGUACUGCAUGUAAACAUGAGGGGGAGUCGUGUUGUGUGAGGGGCCAACAGCAUGUUCUGUUCAGUGUCCCGAGUGUCUUGGUAAGCUUUGUAACCAAAACCUGAUUUUGUGCUCAUGUUCACAUUAAAGGUGUUUCCCCUCCCCUUUCCAUACAUGUAACCGCUCAUUGUCAUAAUAACACAAUAAAUG